GGCCCCAGUGGAUUUCAGCAUUCACCUUCCCGUAAAUUGUUGUCUAUCGGGUCAAGGUCGGGUCACGAAGCAAGAUGGUGUUGCCGAGACGAGCGGUCAGUUUUGCAAGAUAUUUGAAGCAUUGCACUGUGAAAACGUCAACACGGAACGACCCAUGCAAGUGGGAGAAGUGUAUGUUUAAUCUCGACAAGCGUGCAUUUAGCACCACGAGAUGUGUCAGACUGUAUGACGACGCUUUCUCACGAUCAACUCAGCAGCCCGAGGAAUACUGGGGCGAAGCAGCUCAACAGAUAACUUGGCAUAAGAAAUGGACAAAAGUCUUAGAUGACAGUAAUUCUCCUUUCACUAAAUGGUUUGUUGAUGGGCAGCUGAACAUAUGUUACAAUGCUGUUGAUCGGCAUGUGGAAGAUGGACAUGGCGAGAGGACAGCUAUCAUACAUGACAGUCCGGUCACUAAGUCCAUCCGGAAGAUCACUUUCAAGGAACUCAAACGAGAGGUAGAAACGUUUGCAGGAGUGUUGCGGAAGUAUGGUGUAGAGAAGGGUGAUCGAGUGCUGAUCUAUAUGCCGAUGAUCCCAGAGGCAGUGGUCGCCAUGCUAGCUUGUGCUCGACUAGGAGCCAUACAUUCCCUGGUGUUUGGAGGAUUUGCCUCAAAAGAACUAGCAACUCGUAUCAACCACUCAGAGGCUAAGGUAGUUGUGAGCGCCAACUGUGGAGUGGAGCCGUCUCGAGUCGUACCAUAUAAACCAAUGCUGGAUGAGGCCAUCAGCUUCAGUGAAUUCAAACCAAAGAAGUGCAUCAUCUUCAACAGGCCUGGGUUUGAGGCUGCAACAAUGAAUCCUGGGAUGGAUGUAUCGUGGCAGGAAGAGAUGACUGCGGACUACACUGUCGACUGUGUUCCUGUGUUGGCUAUGGAUCCCCUCUAUCUCCUGUACACAUCUGGCACCACGGGGCUUCCCAAGGCAGUUGUUCGGCCGACAGGAGGGUAUGCUGUCAAACUGAAGUGGUCAAUGUACAGUGUGUACGGCAUGAAUCCAGGAGAUGUGUGGUGGGCAGCGUCUGACCUGGGCUGGGUUGUCGGACAUUCCUACAUUGCCUAUGCUCCUCUGCUCAACAACAACACAACUGUUAUAUUUGAGGGUAAGCCUGUAGGAACUCCAGAUGCGGGGACUUUCUUCCGUCUGCUACGUGAACACAAUGUCCAUGGGAUGUUCACGGCGCCUACAGCAAUCAGGGCCAUCAGGGCAGCGGAUCCUGAAGGAAAACUUUUGAGGAAGUAUUUACCUUUAGAAAACUUCCGGACAUUGUUUGUUGCGGGUGAACACAUGGACCCUGAGACAAUGACAUGGAUCCAGGAGAUCAUCAACAAACCCAUCCUGGACAACUGGUGGCAAACAGAGACGGGGUCGCCGAUCACGUCUACGUGUGUUGGUCUAGGCAUGCAACUGUAUCCUCCUUCUGGGGUUGCUGGGAAACCGGUGCCAGGAUGGAAUGUGAAGGUUCUGAGGGAAGAUGGAAGUGAGACAGAUCCAGACGAACUCGGACAGAUUGCUGUCAAAUUGCCUCUACCUCCUGGCUCCUUCUCAACGCUAUGGGAUGCGGACCAACGCUUCCGAGAGACAUACUUCACCAAAAUACCCGGCUACUAUGACACGAUGGAUGCAGGUUUCCGAGAUGAGAAUGGUUACAUCGCUGUGAUGGCAAGAAGUGAUGAUGUCAUCAAUGUUGCAGGUCACAGGAUCUCAGCAGGAGCACUUGAGGAGGCUAUCCUAGAGUGCGAGGAUGUGGUGGAGUCUGCUGUCAUCGGUGUCCCCGACUCUCUCAAGGGGCAGAUCCCUGUCGGCAUCUGCAUCAUCAGGCCCGACCUGGAGAAAUCUAAUGAGGAUGUCAUCCGAGAUGUGAUUCAGGCCGUGAGAGAGAAGAUUGGGCCAGUUGCUGCCUUCAAGAAAGCUGUGAUCGUCCCCAAGCUUCCUAAGACUCGCUCAGGGAAAGUGCGGAACACAAUGGCAGCCAUGGCAGCCAACAAACCCUACAAGAUCCCAGCUACAAUCGAAGACGCCUCGGUUUACCCACAGAUCAAGGAAGCUCUACAGACGAUUGGCUAUGCAUCUGGAGAUUGAAAGUCUGGAAAUAUUUGAAGAUGGAUCUUUAUGUGCAGGGGAACCUUAUUUCACAGCUACCAUGCCACAAGGACCUUUGAUGCUGCAGACUUUUAUGGUAGACAUUAGAAUAAUGGAUAAUUUUAUUGUGAACCCUUUUUACAGUGGUAGCUCAUUACAGUGGCCCGUAAUUAUUUCCACUCUGUUAAGUUAUUGUAUGUUUAUAUGCAUGAAAGAAAAUUAAAUCAAAUUAAAAGUUUAACUAUGUUGUAUCAUAAACAACCUUAGGUUCAGUGUCUGAAAACAUUAGUUUUUGAUAACAUGCACAUUCACAAAAUUUCUUUGAUAAUAUUGUCAUUUGGGCAAAGUAAAUGACAAAAAUGAAAUAAUGACUAUCUAUGUAAAUAAUAUGAUAUAAUAAUUAAGCGUGGAAAUGUUAAAUGUUACGGGGAAUGGCCACCCUUUCAUUAUCGUCUUUAUGAAGUUUUUAUGGUUGUCAUGGUAACCAGACUGCCUGAAGAUACAAAAGUCUCUGUAUUUAACUUUAAGUCUGAAAUUUACGGUUGGUAGAUCAAAUACUUAAUUGAACUCAAGAACUGCAAUAUAUUUUACAUAGUUUUCAAGCAUUUUGCAUAUUUUCUAACUAAACACAACUUCAGUAUCCCAGAUCAUGUUAUACACUAGGACCAAGUUAGACAUAACAACUAUGGAGAUGUAUUGUAGUUUCAGAUGUAAGACAAAUGAUCUUGUUAUAAUAAAUGAAAUAUAUUAGGACCAAAAAGUAGUAUAAUAUGACGUCCCUUUCAAGGUUCCACAGAGAAACCUGGUUCAUCUGGGAGUCAUGUUAAGACCACAAACCUAUUUCAUUCCGUCUUCAACCUGACAUGGUUCUAAUACUGUCAUAAUGUGAGUCAGGUUCAUUGACAUAUACAGGUCACAUGAUGCUGUAAGUCCUCCAGCCUUUGGGUGUGCCUUACUGCAGACCUUUAAACGCAACAAGGUGCAGUGCCUGUUUAUGGCAACAUACUCAUUCAUCAAGGUAUUCAGUUCUACAAGGUUUACAGCAGCAUCUUUUACACAGGUUUAAUAUACACUGAUAUUUGUAUUUCUUUACUACCAGUAUAUAUGGAUUUACUUUUACUUCUAAUGGAGUUUACAUACUUACUGCCAAAAUGUAAAGGGUAGUUUAUUAUUUAGUUGUUGUUUACUCGAGAAUGAUAUUGUAGAUAGUAUACUCAUAGCCAGUUGAUCUGGAAAUCAUUCCUUAAGGCAUUUUUUCAGGAUAAGCUAUGUUUGAUAAGAGGGACAAAACUCAGGUUUCUUGACAAUAUCACUAUUAGCUCUGUCUGGAUUACUGAGGUUUCACUGUGUCAAACUGAGGCUGUGAUGACAAGUUGGUGGAGAAUCUUUGUUGUGUGUGAUGUAAACUCUUCCUUAAACUUGCUCAUGUCUUCCUGACAAACUUUCAAACUAUAUUUAUUCACUCAUAUCGAAAUUUUGUUACCUCAAGUAUUUCUACUCAUACACUUUUACCAAAUUUGGUUGUAUGCCAUUAUGCCGGCACCACACCGUACCACUCUGCUUUGUACAAGACAAGUUCUGUAUGUCCAUGCUGAUGCAGAAGUUGCGGUGGGUGAGCGGUCUAGGCGGCUGACUUUGUGUGCUGGCGAUUAGGUGCCUGACUCUGAGGGUGUGGGUUAGAAUCCCGGAUGGGACUCAACUAAAAAAGUACUAGAAUUUGUACUUUACUAAGAAAGUAUAAUCCCAAAUAUAACAUAUGUUACAUUUGACCACUUUCUAAAUGGCAUUGUUUUAUCAUUCCAUGCUGAUCUUAAUCAGAUGUUGUGGUUCUCCAUACAAUGCCUCCCAGAAUCAAGAUCAGGCAACACCACCAUAGGAGUCACACCAGGUAUAUCCUGACUUUAACUUUGAACUAUCAGAGCCUUCAUUGAGCUUCAUUCAGACUGGACGGACAAGGUUCAGUCAGGUUCAGUCAAUGUGACCUCCAAAACAGGCUUUGUCAGAUCUACAAGCAGAGCGGCAUUGUACUAGAGCCAAACAUCACAUAAUACCAUUGCAGUGAAUAUGCAACCUGUUGUACUUCUUCUACUGUGUCCUUAAAGCUAGCAUUAGCUCUCUCGGAACGGGAUGUACCCGUUCCAGGAAAAUACUCUUAGUCACUUUGUGUAUUGACCAAAGAUUGUUACAAUUUUACCAUCUGCUUUAAAUGUUUCUAACACUGGAUAUACAUUGUCCAAAUCCCCUAAACAGUUGUUGUCUUUCCUACCAAACUGACAUGGAAACCUCAUAGAGGCUGUUUCUUGGACUUGACAGUUUUUCAGAAAAGGUGUCUAUCACAAUCUAUUUAUAGCCACUACCUGAUUUAGGAUUUCCUUUUUGUCAGAAAUGCAUUUUUUUAAGAUGUUAUGCAAUUUAUAUAUAUAUUUUUAUAUGUUACCAUGGUAUUGCAUAAUGUGUUACAUUAGAACUAUUAGAGUGUGUCAAGUUGAGUAGAUGUGUCUCUUAUUGAGACAUAUUGUUGUUCAGGUACUCAACCAGUGGGGAGAUGUAAUAGGUGCCCAGCAACCUUUAGGUGCCAGCUUGAUGCCUACAGUGUGUGAACUGGCCCCAGUUCCGCUAAGCAAUCUUUAUGUUACAACUGCAGUAAGUGUGAUAAAUGUCGGAGUUAAAAUAGUAUUAGCACUGAGAUUGCAUUGUGUGAAAGUGCCUUGGCUGGUUGAGUGUGAUUAGUUCCUUAAUGACAAGCAAUCUUGGUUGUAUGCAUACUCUUGUAUUCCUGGUUAAGUCUCAGAUAGUUGUAACGGUUGUCAUGAUACAGCUGCACUAUUCAACAAUAUGUACUCACACUCUCAUUCAAAUUUGUGAGCUCUCAGUAACCCAUGUACAUGGAGAGACAUUUUCUUAAUGAAGGCAAGGUUAAUUAUCACAUUGAAAAUAUGUGUUGUUUACUUCAAGCCUUUUGAUUUAACCUCAGGGAACAGUACAAAAGUUUGAUGGUGGAUGAAAUUUUUCGUUAAUGUUUGAAUAUCCUCAUAUUUUCUCAGAUACGAACAGAAUGAAAACA